AUGUUGUUCAACCGAAUCAAGGCGGAUAUCCAGAAGCAAGUAGACGCUCUGGAGUCGGAGGAUAAAGUUGGACAGGCGGAGUAUGAAAAGAUUGUGGAGAACUCAAACGACGAGAAGAUGAUCAACAACAAAAACCUUGGGGGCAAGCAGGCACUUCUUUCAAUGGAAGAGGACAGCAAGAUGUGGAUCUCCAAGUGCAGGGACAUCAUGACGGCCAGGCAGUCUGAGCAUCAAUCCCUGACUCGUGCCAAAGCCAUGUUGGAAGCAGCCGGCGACAAGUCGCAGGAAAAGCAGGAUAAAGACGUCCGCGGCAGCAACAAGGCGUGUGCCCGGGUGCGUGGGGCCGCUUCUGAUUUUGCAGUAUGGCUGGCACAGCCAUACAAUGUGGACGUGGAGCUUCCUGACAGUGAUGACGAAGAAAGCGCUAGCAAGAAGGAAGAGCUGCGAGCCCAUGCCUACAUUGACGAUGAGGGAAAAGAGUGGUGUCUUUGUGUUGCUGCCCACGGGCAAGACUAUUUCACCAGCGCUUCGAACUGGUUGGAUACCUUUAUUGUGUGGGUGGUGGGCGUGUUCCUCCUGUGGAUUGCGCCUCUGAUCGUCGGUCAAGGGGGCCUGGCUGCUUUCCAGGUGUGGUGGCUGAUAACGGCAUGCAUUUUGAUGAUUUUCCUGACAGACUUAACUUUCGGCAUAAUCUCCGUCGACAUCAUAGGACGAGAGGCAGCUUGGGGAACCGCACCUGAGGAAACAGCUGCCUGGUACUUCCAAAAUGGCGUGAUUCAAGCAAGCCUGACUAUGUCCCGUUUCAUUUUUAGUGACAAUGCGGUGGAUCUCAUUGAGGAAUUGCAGGAGAAGCAGCCCUACAUUUGGAUAUACUGCUUUGCAUUCAUGGCGGUCGCAGCCUACGUCAUCCUGAACCUCGUUACAGCUACCAUCUGUGAUAAAGCACAAGCAAUUGUGAACGAGAACGAAGCAGAGCGCUUGUUUGAGAUGCGCAUGGAGGAGAAGAAGAACAUGAAGGACCUCAGGCACAUCUUCGAGGUCCUGGACGAGGAUGGGAGUGGCCUUGUAAGCACCGAAGAAUUUGAUGCCGCCUUCGAAAUUCAGCAAUGCAGGGACAAGUUCUUCCUCUUGGGCUUUGAGGAGGAAGAGAUGAAGCAAUUAUUCAGAGUGCUGGAUGACGACGGUCAAGGUGAGUUGAGUGUCUCCGAAUUGUUGAAAGGAAUGGCCCAGGUUCAAGGAGACGCAGAUUCGAAAUCCAUGCUUGUGGCCAGCAAGACCAUGGACAAGGUCAAGGUUUCCUAUGAGAAACUUAUUGGCACCAAAGGGGGGACUGCUUCAAUGGAGCUGGGCCAGACAGCACGAGAAGAGCCGACGUUGGAUGACCAGCUGAUCUCUUUGGAAAGCUACGCAAUUAAACGCUUGGAUAAACUUGAUGAUGUAAUCCGGUCCUUCCAUGUGCAAGCAGAUUCUUUUGAGAAGAAACUGCAGACGAUGAGAAACCUACCUCCACUCCCUGCUACCACGUCGAGCUCCGACACUGGCAAAGCCAAAUGCAUCGGGGAUGCUGGUGGGGUGGAAGCAAGUGAGGUCGUGAUUGAAGGUGGUGAUUUGUGA